UUCAAAAUGGCUGCCAGUGAUGAAGAUUUCUGCAGGAAAGAGAGCUUGAUUUCCCAGCCAUGGCGACCUUUCUUUAUCAAUAACAAGCAUUUUUUAGUUAAAUCGUACUUUAGUAAUCUCAGUAAUGCUUAUGAGAUUUGCAUUAGUGACUUUAAUAAGAUAUGGCUCGAGGUAUCUGACCAAGACACGAUCAAAACAAGAAACAAGGAGCUGAAUCCAAAUAUUGAGGCUGACGUAACGUAUAUCGUGAAACACAUUAAAAAGAACGUGGAAGAACAACAACAACUUACCAAGUACCAAAUGCAGGAAAAUGAAAAUGAUGAAAAACUAGUUCUUCAUUUCAAAACCACACUACAACCAGGAGUCAUGUUUACUUGGGAUUUUCAUUGUUCAACUGAGGAACAAAUGAUAAGUUCUAGUCUUCUUGAACCCUUGGUUGACAUGGUAGCAGAGCUUCAACGAAGGCAAACUGAAUUGCAAAAUCUUCUUGAAAAGAAAGACCUUGAGAUCAGUGACUACAAGGCAUCUGGAGUCAAAUUAUCACACAAAAGGUUUGAAACGAAAACAUUUGAUCGAGAAGCCUUUAACAAUAAGAUGGUCUUGUCAUCUGGAUUUGGUGAGACUGUUGCAAAGUCCAAAACACUUGGUUUUACUGAAGGACUUCAAGAACUUUAUAAGCAAGUAGUAAUUAAAAGAGCUUGGCUACAAGAAAAGAGACUAAGAGAAACAGAGGUUUCAGAAGAUAGUUUGCUUGAAACAGCUAUCGGAUCAGGGGUACCCUCCUCGUUAUUCAGUGACACUGCAUCGCCAAAUGUAUCCCCUCAAAUAUCACCAAGAAAGACUCCUGUCCCAUCACCACAAAAAUCUUCAACGGAAAACUCACCAUCAAAGGAUCGCGAACUCCAGCGACGCGAAGAGCUCCGAAGAAAAUUAGAGGAAGAAGAAGAAAGAAAAAAACGAAAGAAGAAGAAGAUCAAGUUAUAGGAAAGUAGAUAUGUAGUCAUGUUCUUUUCUUGACGUUAUUUCUUCCUUCGUAUAAAUAGGCGCAUUCAAUCAAUAUUAUGUCUUGAGACUGGUCAUUUUCUUAUAUUGGCCAUUCAGUUUGGCAUUAUAUUCACCCACGUGCAAACACUCUUUGUGCACCAAGCGCUUUGCAAGAAAAACAGGGGUGUCCUAGGGUGUCUCUAUAGGGGUUUCCUAGUCGAGGGGGACUUGUCAUCCGUCCUGUUUAAGCGCCAAAUUUAAAAGCUGAGCAUUUGUUUGCUUUGUAGAUAUAAUAGGAAAAGGACGUCUAGACCUGUUUACAAGCUAGAUAAACUUGUUUACAAGCUACAUAGACCUGUUUACAAGUUAGAUAGACCUGUCUUACAAGCUAGAUAGACCUAAAUACUUCGAAAAACUUUACAAUGCGAAGCAUAAAUUUUGAAUGAAAUAUGCAUCAUUAUUAUUCAGUGCGGUUUGUAGGCUGAGAAUCAAUUUUACACGCAGGGCAAAUAGUAAAGUAAGUAAGUGUUUAACUUUACCUGCAUGUUGUUUUAGUAGUGGUUUACACCGUCUUGUUCGUGGUUUCGUAGUGGUUUACACGUAGCAUUUGCAGCCGUCCAAAAGCUUCCAAAAUACAUUUUAAAUGUAAAAGCCUGAAAAUUUAGUCAUAUCAAAUUCAUGUAUUAAGAAACACCACCUAACACCCACAAGCUGUUAUAUUACAGGCAUUAGUAAAUGCAAAAAGAAUAGGUUUCCUAGGAAUCGGUAAACCACUAACCCUUUCUGUUUGACCGCCGCGAUGUAAAGUCCACAAGAGCAUGUGCUAAUUAGGUCGAGAGGAUUUUCUUCCGCAUAGCCGUCUUCCCAGCUGCAGUUCCUAGCAUCUGCGUACAACUGAUUCGAAAUAUAGAGAUAUUUAUAAAUGAAAAAUUGUUCUUAUAAAUGUUUUGAACAGCUUGGACUUUGAAGCGAAAUUUAAUAAAAAUACGAACGCUAGAAGAUUA